AAAGAAAGAAAGAAAGAAAGAAAGAAAGAAAGAAAAGGGGGGGAGGCAGUUGAAUUACUAGAAGCCCGGCGAGACCAUUGUUCCUCUAGUGCUAAAACCUACAGCCGGAAACUUGGCCUCCACCAGUCCAUAAUACAGGCUGUAAAACGCGGCUGAAGCUCCUCCAUUUAAUUGGGUAUAAGGGAGGGGGGAGAGAAUGGAGGUGGCCGGAGGCUCCCGGCUAGUUUAAAAAAACAAAAAAAGCAUUUCUUCCUGGAAGUUGGCAGGGGCGCCCCCACCCCUCCCUUUCCGACUGCUGUCUUCCAGCGGGCUGGGCGUAAGCAAGGCCGAGGCCGCUCCAUUCAUUCACUAGGCGCACUCAUUCAUUUUUUUUUUUAUUAUUAUUAUUCUCUUCCCGAACUCCUGGAAGUUAUACUACCGCUUCUUUGAAGUCCUUUGCGGUUCAGACGUCUGGGAAGCGCCGGCAUUCAGCUUGAUGUUAGCCCUGAACGCAGAAGUGGGGGGGAAAGGAGGGGUGGUGGUGGAGAAAAAGGGAUGGAAAAGGGGAAAGAGAAAGACAGAGACUGAAAGAGAGAGAGACAGUGGGAAAAGCAGAGGCUCCGUGCCAUCAGUCCGUUUUAUUAGACGACGAGCACAUUAAUCUGUAAUCAAAUGCAUCUCAUAAAAAGAUUUAUUGCAAAGCAUAAAAUCAUGGCGGGGAAUAAGAGAGAGAGAGAGAGAGAGAGAGAGAGAGGUCUCGACUUCCACCUGUUUCCAAACAAGACCAGGGGGCAACCCCCCUUUCUUCCCACCCACCCCCGACCCCUUUUCUCCCACUUAUUCAGGGGUUCCCAUUUCACUCGGGCUCUCCCGGUUUGUCAAAGAGAUUCCCUGGCAAAGCGAGCCCCGCACUGCGCAGUUGCACGAGGUGCCUCGCCUCUCGCUUCUCUGUGGGGCGAACCGGGAUCGCGACGGGCGAUCCUUCCUUUCUCCCUCCUCCUCCUCCUCCUCCUGGCGAUCUUUCAGGGGUUCCUGGCAGCGGGAGAGGGGCGAGUUUAGCCGGGCCAGCGCUCCCCGCUCGUCGGAUAAACGACUGGCAGCCCAAGAAAGGCGAAGAAAUAGUCCGCCAAUUUGCGCCACAGCUCUCUCUCUCUCUCUCUCUCUCUCUCUCUCUCUCUGCGGGAGGGCCACGCCCUCCCGGACUCUGGGCUGAGGCAGGGCUAGCCGUGGAAGGAUUCGGCUCUUCUUCUCGCUCUCUUGCCCCCCCCAACCCCCCGCGGCGCACAAUAUCAGGGCCUUCGUGUCUCCAAGGCAGUUGGGAGGGCUGCGCUCCCCCUAUGGCCGAUGUGAGAGCGUGAGCGAGAGAGAGAGAGAGAGAGAGAGAGAGAGAGAGAGCGCGCGUGAGGGGCGCGCGUGCUUUUACGGAACGCUGCCAACCGCCCUUGCCGAACGCCAACCUAGCGGAUUGAUUUACUUCGAGUUAUUGGUAAAUAUGAUCACGUGGGCGGAGGGACCAAUAGUUGACGCUGGGAAAGGCUGCAAAAUUCCAAGCAGGAUUCUUUUCCCCGGACCGGGAGAAAAUCCCCAGUUAACAGUGUUAACCACUUUUUUUUUUCUUUUGGAUCUCUCUCUCUCUCUCUCUCUCUCCUCCCCCACCCACCCCAUGCCGUGCCACGGAGGGAAUCUCCCCAAAAUGUCGUCGGGCGGCGGCGGCGGCACCCUCCGCAACUACUACGUGGACUCGCUCAUAGGCCCCGACACCGAGGAAGGGUACUACGGAGGAAGAGCAGGCGGCGGCCCCGGCCGGUUCCUACCAGGGGGUCACCCUCUGGCCGCCCCCCGGUUGCCGUCCAGUGUGGCAGCCGAGGGAUCGGAGUUCGCCCCUUGCAGCUUUACCCCCAAGCCGUCCGUCUUCUCCUCCUGGCCGGCCCGUCCUCCUCCUGCCGCUCAGCCCUCCCCUCCGCUGCAGGGCAUCUACCCUCCGUACGUGGCCCCGCCGCACCUUGGAGGGUCGGGCGAGGGGGCCAGGUACGUCCCUUCCUGGCUCGAUCCCUACGCCUCCUUCCGCGGCAGCCACCACGCCGCCCUCUCGGUCUCCGACCCAGGCACCGUCGCAGCCCCCGGACGCCUCUACGGCAUCGGCAAGCCGGAGCCCGCCGCCUCCGCGUCGCUUGACCCCCGAGCUUUCGCUUCUGCUGCCUCCGUCCCGUCCUGCGCCUCCGGUUCUCCGGCCCCACGGACUGAGAGGUUCACCCCCGGCGGGGGCCGUUCUCGCGGACUCGACUACACGUGCGACUCCUCUCUGGCCGAGGCCGGCGAAAAGGCAGCGGCGGCGGCGGCGGCGGUGACUGCCGGGCUGGGUGGACCCGCUUUCGCCUCCACGGCCAGCAACGCCAGCCUCAGCCCGGCCAAGCCAGCCUCUGGAGGCAGCCGUAACCCCAGCCCGCUCAGCGACCUGAAGGAGGAAAAAGAGGAGCAGCAGCUUGGCCCAAAUAACCCGGCUGCAAACUGGAUUCAUGCUCGCUCCACCAGGAAAAAGCGCUGCCCUUACACCAAAUUCCAGACUCUGGAACUGGAAAAGGAAUUCCUCUUUAAUAUGUACCUCACCCGAGAACGGCGCUAUGAAGUGGCUAGGAUUUUAAAUCUCACAGAGAGACAGGUUAAAAUCUGGUUUCAGAACCGGAGAAUGAAAAUGAAAAAAAUGAAUAAAGGGAAAAGGGAAUAAAGGAGAGUAACACUUUGAGGCAUGUAUUUGUGAAAAUAUUGUAGCGUGGAUUUUUUUUUUUUUUUGAUGAUGAUGGUGAUGCACACAAACACACAUGUAUACACAGCAAUUAAUUGUUCUUAAAUGUUAUUUUCUCAGGUGUGUUGAUUCAAACUUUAGAUCAGAGGGAUUUUUUAAAAAAAUGAAAGAUAGGGCGAAUGAUAGUUCAGAAUGAAAAGGGGUGAACGGGAAAGCCUACUCAGGGCAGAAAAGACUUCCGCGAAAAGCUGGGGGUUUUUUCCUUUCACCUUCCACUUGGUUUUGAGAUAUAAUGUGUGCAUAUUGUUUAGGGGCAGUUUAUUGUGUGAUGUGCUUUGCACAAGUGACUUAGAACACCCUCCUUUCCAGUGUCUUGCCCAGAAUUACAGCAAAGUUAAGGAGCUUCAGAAUAGAGCUGAAUGGUCAAGCAAGCUUUUUUAACGCACUAGCACACAAAGCCUGCACUUCCUCAAAGACAGCUUGACUGUUUCCCCAAUCUCUCUGGGUUCUGUAUACUUUGUUUUCCAAGACUCAUGUCAGAGAGGGGGACUAGGAUGGGGAUUCUUAUGUGUAGCUAACCUACAGUUAGACUCACCGUCUAGGACUGGUGGAAACUUAAUAAUUCAAGUCUUAAUCAAGAACCUAAGAAUUAUUCAGGUAGUCUCUAAGAAUGUAGGCAAUUCCAAACAGGGUAGGGUUCCGCCCCCCCCCCCUAAAAUGAAGGGGGAUUAUUAUUAUUAUUAUGGUUAAUUAAAUAGCCAGAUGUUUUUUUUAAAGAAGGUGAAAUCACAGCUGCCAGUUAUGAGAUUGGCCUUCAUUCUCAUUGAGUUCUUCCCAAAAACCUAAGUUGUCAUAAUUGUAAUCGUAAUCAGCAUAGUAUAUGUGUGGAUCCAAGCAGUGGCCUUUUGAAAUUGGCAGAUGGAAAUUUUGUCACUGAGAAGUUUUCUAAAUGCCAUCCAAGAUGUUUUGGUAUGGCAUCGAGGGUGCCAUUAUUAUUAUUAUUAUUAUUAUUAUUAUUAUUAUUAUUAUUAUUAUAUUUAAACACAGCUUCCUUUCUUCAGUGCAGUGUAUUAAGAGUGGUACUUGAAGCUUUAUUAAUAUUCCUAGUGCUAAAACACUUUGGCUCACAGUCUGUACUUUUGUUUUAUUUGCGAUCCUAUUUAAGAAUGAAUUAUUAUUAUCCAUUCACAACAAUGUGAAGCACAUCUGCCAAUUCUUUAACUAGUGUUGGCCUUUAUACAUAUCGAGAUCUGCCGUAAAUUGUAAUAAUAUAUUGGCGUAGUAUAUAUGUGGCUUAAAGCAGCAUGGUCUUCUAGAGUUGACAGAAGAAAAAGUUGUCAAUGCGCAGAUUUUCUAAGUGCAGCCAAGAUUUUUGGGUUUGGCACCCAGCAUGCUGAAAACCACUAGGACAACCACAGCCGGUUUAUGCCAUAAUCUUUCAAUUUUGAUUUUCAGAUCUUGAUACCUCAUGAUAAAGAAUUCUGCAAUCCAUUAUGCUCUUAUUAUUAAUUUGCUUAUUGUUCCCUGUUUUUUGUUUGCUUGCUUGUAUAUGUCUCAGGUUCUGGAAUAAAAUUUUGGCUCAUGAAAAUAAAAUCUUCAGCUUUUGAAGGGGAAAGCAAGUGGGAACACAGAUUAUCUAGGUGUGACAUAUCUUGCCUCUCUAUAUCCCCAAAAUUGCCUGCAACACUGCCCCCCCCCCCACGCCCUUUUUACCAGAUCAUCCGUAGUCUAAAUACAGUGACUGGCAGCAUAGAAAGACCAACUCCAUUCUUCAAAAGUCUUUUCAGUGGUUGAAGGAUUUUCUUCCAAUCCCAACAGAUUACCAACCUAGGAAACAACAGUAUUUUUCUUGCUGGCAUCCUACAAACAUAUUGCUUGUUCAGAAAAUAAUAAUAAAAAAAUAAUACAAACAAUAAACAAACAGUACAAAGUU